UAAGUACAGUCAAGUAGAAGUCGGCCUUUGAAAACUGUAAAAUAAAGAGAUUUGUUAUAUGUAGGCGUCCGUGCCAUUUGUGGAGUUGUGUCCCAUGUAAUUGACAUAUUUAACUAGUUGGAACUUAGGCCAUACGAUGAGCGGCAUGUCACGAAAACGCAGCCACGCAGAGGCCCUGGUGCCAGCCGUCGACACCAGCAAAGAGUUCAGUCUCGCACCCGUGGCUCCCCCACUCAAGAAACCAACGAUUUGCAAACCUGCACCCUUUACAAACGACGAGGAGGCGAUACGCGACAGAGAAGCCUGUGACUACACACAACGAAUUACCCUUGAGAUGGCGAGGGCCGGCAAAGCUCCCCGGCCCAUUAGGGUCUAUGCAGACGGAAUCUAUGACCUCUUCCACCAGGGCCACGCGAGGCAGCUCAUGCAGGCCAAGAAUUUGUUCCCCAAUGUAUACCUCAUUGUUGGAGUGUGCAGUGAUUCCCUAACCCACAGUCGAAAGGGCCGCACUGUUAUGUCUGAAGAUGAGAGAUAUGAGGCUGUCCGCCACUGCCGUUAUGUAGACGAGGUUGUGCCAGAUGCCCCUUGGAGCUUGGAUGACGAAUUCUUGGAUAAACACAAGAUUGAUUUUGUGGCUCAUGACGAUAUUCCAUACACAACUGGCAGCGCCACCGAUGUGUACGCACACAUCAAAGAACGAGGCAUGUUUGUCACAACGGAACGAACAGAAGGGGUUUCCACCAGUGACGUAGUGUCGAGGAUUGUUAAGGAUUAUGACGUUUAUGUCAGAAGAAAUUUAGCUCGCGGAUACAGUGCAAAGGAUCUUAAUGUAUCUUAUAUUAAUGAGAAAAAGUACCGACUACAGAACAAGAUUGACGACCUUAAGAAGAAGGGCAAGGAGAUGUUUGAGGACAUUGAGGGCAAGAAGACUGACCUUAUCAGCAAGUGGGAGGAGAAGAGCAGAGAGUUUAUUGACACCUUCCUCAUGCUCUUUGGGCGAGAUGGAAGGCUCACCCAGUACCUCACUGAGAAGAAGGACUCAGUCAUGAGUGCCCUCUCCCCUCCCUCAUCCCCCAAGGCUAUCAGCCAAUCCUCCGAAGAUUGUAACAGUCCUCCAGCCAAGUCCACCAAGUUUGACUUCUCUCUGCGUGGUGGUGGAUCAUUAGUAGAUGACGAUUAUUCUGAUGACGAAUACGAACCUGCGUCCAUGUGAGAACUGCCUUCUCCCCAUUUUCGUGGCCCAUCCCGGCCCCAGGCAACCAGCCCAGUACGCCACCAAUCCCAGAACCAUUACUGUUGCAUUGUCUCGCAGAUUGUGAAAGCACUUCAGAAAUGUUACGACUUGAUUUCUCGGUAUUUUGGCGACCUAAGGAAGUGAAUUGAUUUAAUCUGCCCUCUUUUUUUCUAGAUGUUUUCUCUUAUUAUUUUAUUAUUAUUACUAUUUUUUCUAUGAA